AUGACCGAGUCAUGGCCUUCUUCUACUACUCAUCUAGUACUUGUUAAUGAUCUAAGCACACUUAAGAAAGCUGUGCAUGAUGAAAUGGAGUUGAUUGGUUGUGGUUUCCAUCAAUCUCGUGUUGUUGCAAUUUUAGGACUUGGAAAUGUCGCCGAUGCCGUUGAAAUAUUAGCAAUCGGGUAUAUAUUAACCGUCUAUGAAGAUUCCGAAGGAAUAAUUACACCAUGGGAAUCCAGUCUGCUCACUGCAGCCGUAUUUGUAGGAAUGUUAGCGGGUGGUUUUCUUGGUGGUCUAGCUGGUGAUAUUUAUGGUCGUAAACCAGUUAUAUUGACAACAUUAGCACUUAAUGCGAUUGCAGCUUUUCUAUCGGCAUUUUCACCAACUAUUUCAUGGCUGAUUUUCUUUCGAGCUGUUGCUGGUUUAGGUGUUGGUGCAGUGGUAUCGUCAUUAUUCGCAUUAUGUCUGGAACAUGUUUCAGUCUCAUCCAGAGGACGAUAUGUUACAAUUCUAUGCUCUUUCUGGAUGAUUGGUGCUGUCUUAACGGCAGGUACAGCAUGGAUUAUGUUGGGGAACUAUCGAAAUGGAGAACGGAUUCUGCAUCUUUCAUGGCGUUAUUUUGCUGGAAUUGUUGGCGUACCAUCAUUUACGUGCUUUUUGUUAACGUGGUGGUACGUUCCUGAAAGUCCACACUUUUUAGCAAGUAAAGGUGAUGCAAAGGGUGCAACAGCAGUGUUACAGCAUAUUCAUCAUGUCCAUCAGAGUGGGCGUCAUAUUCAAAUCAGGUUUUCUACGGGCAAGAUAAAGAACAAGGAUGCAAACAUGGUGCAACAAAUGGAACGUGGCUCGAUGUUAAUGUUACAGGAGACAUUUGAUGCACAAGAAUCUGUGGUCUCGCAUGGUGCUAUUUGCAGUUGGGAUAGCUUACAUAUCGUCGCGCGUUUGUUUGAGCGACCGAAUACAGGACCUACGCUGGUAUUAAUGUUGUGUGGGUUUUCUCUAAGCUUUGGUUCAUAUGGUCUUUCGACGUGGAUAACAAAGCUGUUCAAAAGUAUUGGUUUUGAAAAUUCGUUUGAAAACGCAUUUCUCUUUGCUGGUGCUAAUCUACCGGGCAAUCUUGUCAGCUUCUAUCUGGUUGAUAUCAUCGGCCAUCAGCGCCUGCUAUCCUACUCACUCUUUAUGUCGAGCUUCUGUGCGCUACUGUUUGCCUUCAAUGUUGAAGGAUCCAAGACUAUCAUUGUCGUAGUCUCGUGUCUAUUCAACGCAUGCACAACAGCAGCUUGGAAUGGGUUUGAAGUUUUAUUGACAGCAAACUUUCCACAGGAGCUUCGAACGACGGGGAUCUCGGUGGUAAAUUGCUCAAACCGAUUUGCUGCUAUUGCAGCACAAUUCGUAAACGGAUUUCUCAUGGGUCCUCCACCUCACCUUGAAGCGUUGUUAUUGGUGACAACCACGGUAAUGAUGACCGGCGGCUUUGCCUCGCGCUGGAUGGCUCAUAGAAAAGACCACGACAUUGAUGCUAGUAGCAGUGACCAUUUGGAGGUAGAUCCCGAAGCUGCACCAAUUUUGGGCGAUGAAGAUGACGAAGAACAGCGCUCAGAUUUGAAUCGGCAUGACAUUGUUUCACAGGAGAAGAAACGUGUAUUGAAACGAGGUCCGUUGGAGAGAAUAUAA